AUGGACCAGGUAGUGUAUUUCCUGAAGCGCAACAGGCGGCACAUUUUCCGGCUUGCGCGCAAGCUUUUUCGCGCUUUCAAAAAAAAUGGUGCUGGGAUGGGCGCCGGGAUGGGCGCUGGAAUGGCACAAAACUACCAAGGCGCUUAUGGCUAUCCGCCCGGCCCGCCAGCGCCUCAAGGGUAUCCACCUGGAUUUAAUCAGGGACCUGGAGGUCCUGCUCCGUACACGGAGCAGAUUCUUGGCACUGGCGACAUCCAUGCGUUUGACGACAACAACGUCAAUGCCCAAAAUCAGCAGUACAAAACAUGGCGAAACCAGGCUAGAUCGGAAGGCGAUAAAAUGGCAAACGCGUACGAGGCUUCGCACAAAGCAUAUCAGCAUGGCGAUCAUGUCAAAGCUCAUGCGCUAAGUGAGGAGGGAAAUAUGCACAAGAUGCGCAUGGAGCAGCUGAAUCAACAGGCAGUCCAGUGGAUUUUCGCUGCAAACAAUGCAGACAGUCCGCCGGGCACCGUUGACUUGCAUGGUCUUUACACGAAAGAGGCGCUCGAAAAGGUUGAAGAAGUGAUCCACCAAGCGCGAGCAAUGCACUGGAACCAAUUACGUUUGAUUGUUGGGAAAGGGAUUCACUCGCACGGCCAUGUUGCACAUAUCAAGCCGGCUGUGCAGCAAAUCUUGCAGCAAUAUCAAAUUUCCGCGCACGUCGACAAGCACAAUACAGGUGUUGUGGUUGUGGAUAUGAAUGCGCCGCCUGGGAGCCGCAGUGCGAGCAUUUCGCGCGGCGCCGCAAGGAGCGACGAAUGUAUUAUCAUGUAG